UACCUUCGUAAUGGCUGACUAACAAAUGCUUGUUUCACUGAUUUAUUUAAUUGUCAACUCAUGGAGAUUUUUAUCUCGAUUACUGAUUAAUGAUCGAUCUCUCGCAGUAUAAGUAAUCGAUUGUUUGAAAUGGCGGAUUACAAUGAUAAGUGUACAGAAGAUUGUUCAUUUGAUUAUAAUGAAGAUAAACAAAAAGGUGUAUGUUUAAUUAAAGAAGAAUUUAUCAUAGAAGAUCAUAUAAGACUUCUAAGUGAAAAGUGUUUAACUGAAACUGAUAAACAAAAAGUUUUAAAUAAUACAACUAAUAUAAAUGAUGAUACUUCUUUAUUAGAUGAACCUCCAACCAAAAAGUUUAAAAAUGAUGAUAAAAAAGAAAAACUUAGAGGACAAAAUAAAGCAAGACCACCUCCAUUUAAGACACAGCGCGAAUUAAAUCUUUGUCCAUGGAUAGCAGAUCAAGCAGUAGAUGAACCUGAAAAGAAAUGUGAUAAUAAACGGUGCAUAUUUUUGCACGAUAGAAUUGAAUAUUUAAAAAUUAAGCCAGAUGAUAUUUCAGAUGAAUGUCAUCUCUUUGAGCUCAGUGGCAGAUGCCUAUGGGGUACUACUUGUAGAAUGGGUUCUAAACAUUUAACAAAAGAUGGUUUAAAUAUUAUUGACAAGGAAAAAGAGAAAGAAUUUAAAAAAAAACUUCCAUUUACAAAAAAUCAUUUAAAUAAAAAUAUUCAAAUUCUAUUAAGAAAACAUAAAUAUAAUUUCUAUAAAGCUGAAAAAAUUGUUAAAAUAAAUGAACAUUUUAGAAAAAAAUCAGGAACAGAAAGUGUUAAACAAAUUGAAGGAUCCUCAAAUAAAAAUAAAUUAAAUAUGAAGGACAAUGUAAUGUUAAGUGUUUCCAUUAAUGAAACUAAGAAUGAAAUUUUUAAAAAUCAAAAUACAGAAAAAAGAAUUGGUCCUAUUGAAGAUUAUGAUUUAAUAAAAUGUAGAAAUUCUGAAAAAAAAACAAUUGAUUGGAAAAAUAAGAUAUUUUUAAGUCCUUUAACAACAGUAGGCAAUUUACCAUUCAGAAGAAUCUGUAAAGAAUAUGGAGCAGAUAUAACUUGUGGAGAAAUGGCUUUGGCACCAAGAAUAUUGAAAGGAGCCCAUGAAGAAUGGGCAUUAGUGAAAAGACAUGAAUCUGAAGAUAUUUUUGGUAUACAAUUAUGUGGAAAUAAUCCAGGAGUAUUAACAAGAUGUGCACAAUUGCUAAAUGAACAAAUUGAUGUAGAUUUUAUUGAUUUAAAUUUAGGUUGUCCUAUAGAUUUAAUUUAUAGACAAGGGGGAGGCAGUGGUAUGCUGAAUCGAUUAAAUGUUUUAGAAACUGUUGUAAAAUCUGUUAAUCAAGUUAUGAAUAUACCUUUAACUGUAAAAACUAGGACAGGUGUAUAUAUAGACAAACCUAUUGCACAUACUUUGAUGCCAAAAUUUCGUGAUUGGGGUGUGUCCAUGAUUACUGUGCAUGGAAGAUCUCGUGAACAGAGAUAUACUAAAUUGGCUGAUUGGGAUUAUAUAGAAAAAUGCGCAAAAACAGCACAUCCUAUUCCAGUUUAUGGAAAUGGAGAUAUUCUAUCUUUUGAUGAUUAUCAAAGAGUUCAAGAUACAUAUAAUUCCAUUUAUGGUGUCACUAUAGGCCGUGGUGCAUUAAUAAAGCCAUGGAUAUUUACAGAAAUAAAAGAAAAAAAAUUGAUUGAUAUAUCAAGUACAGAAAGAUUUGAAAUCUUAAAAAAAUAUUCUAAAUAUGGUCUUGAACAUUGGGGUUCGGAUACUCGUGGUGUUGAAACAACAAGAAGAUUUAUGUUGGAAUGGAUAUCUUUUUUACAUAGGUAUAUUCCUGUUGGAAUAUUAGAAAGACCGCCGCAAAGAAUAAAUGAGAGACCUCCAUUUUAUAAAGGCCGCGAUGACAUGGAAACAUUAAUGGCCAGUUCGAACUGUGCGGAUUGGAUUAAAUUAUCAGAAAUGUUAUUAGGAAAAGUACCCAAAGGAUUUCAUUUCUUACCAAAACACAAAGCAAAUUCAUGGAAAUAAUAUGUCACGUAAACAAAAUAAUUUUAUAUUAUAAUAUUUCUUUCCUUAUUUUAAUAAAUAUUCAUUGCACGGAAUAAA